ACAUUACACGUGUCCAUUCCAGAGUUUUAAGAAAGUAAAUGUAGCUGGAAUUAGUAGAAGUAAAACAUCGAAGAUCAACUUUUGAAAUAUUAAUAUUAGUUAUUCAGUUUGGUGAUAUUUACUUGCCGUAUUUGUGAACUUUGAGAUAGUACAUUUUCAAUCACAAAUGGAGAUUGAUUCUUCGAUAGUAUUUUUAUUUGACGUUGACGGAACAUUAACUAAACCGCGCCAGAGAAUUACAGAAAAUAUGGAAAAGUUUCUGCUGAUGCUUAAAUCCAGAGUUACAGUUGGUUUGGUUGGAGGAUCUGAUGUAGUUAAGAUUGCAGAACAAAUGGGAGGAAUGGAUGUCAUAUCAAAGUUUCCAUAUGUGUUUGCAGAAAAUGGGCUUGUAGCCUAUAAGAAUGGUGAACUUGUAUGGAAAGAGAGCAUCGUUAACUACAUGGGAGAAGAGAAGCUACAAACAUUUAUAAACUACUGUUUAAACUACAUGUCUAAAAUUACUUUGCCUUAUAAAAGAGGGAAUUUCAUAGAAUUUCGUAAUGGUUUGGUAAAUGUCUGCCCUGUUGGUAGAAGCUGUAGUCAACUUGAAAGGGAGCAGUUUUCUGAAUAUGACAAGGAACAUAAGAUCCGAGAGAAAUUUGUAGAGGCCUUAAAGAAAGAGUUUCCAGACUUGGGAUUAUUUUUUUCUAUAGGUGGCCAGAUAAGUUUUGAUUGUUUCCCUAUUGGCUGGGAUAAAACAUAUUGUUUACGUCUCUUGGAGCAAGAAGGCUACAAAACUAUUCACUUCUUUGGAGACAAAACAUCUGAAGGAGGAAACGAUUUUGAGAUUUACAGUGAUCCAAGAACUAUUGGUCAUUCUGUCUCAAACCCUGAUGACACUUGUGAACAGGUCUCCAAGCUUCUACAGCAUCAACAGUAAUUAAACAAAGUAGUUGUUUUAAUUAACAAUUUACACUCACUGAAUUAGAACUUAAUUUUCCAAUUUACGAGUGGAAGUGAGGCGUGUUUCUGGGUGAUGGUACAAGUUUUUUAUCUGUACUGCACUUUGUGCUACCCUUAAUGCAUAAUUUAUCAUAAAACAUAUUUUUGUUUGUUUGCACUAUUAUGUUUCAUUUUUAACAGUUGUGUGACUGGACUGUUAUGUGUAACUGAAAUUGAUAUGCACUGUUCUUUUAUUAUAUAACCAGAUUAGAAUAAGCUACAUAUUAUCACUUUUAACGAGUCAUUGAUUUUACCAACUAAAAUGUGUUUUCUGCCAGUAUCCUUUUUUUUUUUUUGACACAGUUCAGGA